AUAUUAUUCUGGAUGAAAGUUGAAUAAAGAUUCUUAAAGAGUUAACCAAUGUGAAAUGCUUUAUUGUUCUUAAUAAAAAAUAUAAAAAUUUAUUCUCUUAAUUUUUAAUUUUGAACUUUUGAAAUGAAUAUCUUUAAUUUACUAUGACACAUAACAUCUGAUGAAAUGUUUUGAUUUUGCAAAAAAAAUGUUAUAUUAAUAUCUCAAAAAAAAAAGCAAAAAAUAUGAGCCCUAUUCAAAAAAAUAAGCAAAUGGAAGAUCAGUUUGAUGACAAUGAUUGGUAUAAUGGAAGUAUUAAAUCUAUUACAUUGGAAAAUUUUAUGUGUCAUUCACACUUUCAUUUAACUUUUAAUCCUAGAAUAAAUUUUAUAUCUGGAUUAAAUGGAUCAGGGAAGAGUGCUAUCCAAGCAGCAAUCGUUAUCGGUCUUGGUGGAACAGCUGCGAUAGUUAAUAGAGGUAAAUCAGUACAAUCACUCAUUAAAUAUGGUUGUAGUUCAGCUUCAAUUUCAAUAACAUUAGCUAAUGGUGGUGAUUGUAAUUAUGAUUCUGGCCCAUAUAAGCCUGAAAUUUAUGGUAAACAAAUAACUGUUGUAAGAAAUAUAACUGCAUCUUCAAGUACUUAUAAAUUUCUUAAUGAAAAUGGACGUGUUAUAAAAAGUAAUAAAAAAGAAUUAAAAAAUUUACUUUUACAUUUUAACAUUAUGCCAGAUAAUCCAGUUUGUGUUAUGAAUCAAGGAGAUGUUAAGAUUUUUCAUAAAAAUACAAAAGACAAUGAAAAGUUUGAAUUAUUUUACAAAGCUUCAUCAGCAAAUAUCUACAGUGAUCAAAUUGAUGCUACAAAAAUAAUAGCCAAUGAGUAUGCUGAAAAAUUACAAAAAGCAGAAGAAAUUUUAGAUCAAUGUCAUAAAGAAAUGAAAGAAUAUGAAACUUAUGAAAAAAAGUCUAAACAACUAGAAUUACUUAAAAAAAGUAUUGGGCAUUUUCAAAAUGAAUAUGCAUGGCAAAUAGUUAACAAAAUUGAAAAAGAAUGUAAUGACAAUACAAAUGAAAUGUCCAAUUGUAAAGAAUAUAUUUGUCAAUCUAAAUCUUCUAUUAAAGAGUUGGAGGAAAAAGUAAAGCAGUCAUCAGAUAUUUUAAAAGAAAAACAAGAAGAAUUAUCUAUUGCUCAAGAAGCCCGUUCACGUAAUCAUUUUGCUCUUAUGGAUAUUAAAAAAGAAAAACAAAAUAAAAUUUGUGAAUACGAUAAAAUCAAACAAUCAAUAAGAAGUUAUGAUUCAAAUUUAAAAAUGUUUCUCAAUGAUAAAAAAGAAUUAGAAAAACAUAUAGCAAUUGAAAAUCAGAAAGGUAAUUCAAAUAAUGUUGCUCAACUAACAGAGUCAAUAAACCGAUUGGAACAAAAUAUUAAAGAUAUUGAAGCUGCUUGGAAAAAUAACAUAGAAUAUGAACAAAUUCUUAACAACACGAUAGAUGAUCUAAGACAAAAAAUUGGCCAUCUGAAAAAUAAUGAGAUUGCACCUCUCCAAAGAAGAGUAGCAGAAUUAAAUAAAAACAUUAAUAGUAUGUCACAACAACAAGAUAGAAUUAAUUUUUAUGGUAAUUGGAUGCCAAAUCUAAUAAUAGCUAUUGAAACAGCUUAUAAACAAAAAAAAUUUAUCAAGAAACCUAUUGGGCCGAUAGGAGCUCACAUAAAAGUAAAUUCAGAUAAAUGGAUUUUUUCAAUUGAAAAUUUUUUAGGAAGAGGAAGCUUAAGAACAUUUUUAGUAGAUAAUUUUACUGAUAAUAAAACAUUACAAUCAAUCAUGGAUAAAAUUAUACCAGGUGGCACAAGAAAACCAACUGUAGUUACCAGUAAAUUUUUUGAUCAAGUUCAUAAUAUUAUGGAAAAAGAAACGAAAAGUAGUCUUUUUCGUAUGUUAACAUUUACCAAUCCAGUUGUUGCUAAUAGUUUGAUUGACAAUAAUCGUAUAGAAACUAUCAUGCUCGUUGAAGAUGCAGGGGAAGCCAUGCCUAUGAUGGAAAAUGUAUCUAAGGUCCCAAAGAAUUGUCAGUUUAGUUUAACUUUAGAUGGAACUCAAAUUUAUCCUAGUCCUUCAUAUAGAGUUUAUUCUCUGCAAAAUCCUACUGAAGCUGUUCUCUUACAGAGCGAUGUUUCAGUUGCAAUAAAUAAUCUUAAACAAGAAAAAAAAGAGCUUGAAGCGAAAAUUACUAACCUUCUUGGCGAAAGUGAAAAUCUCGAAUAUUCAAAAAAUGAAAAACAACAAAAUUUGAAUAAAACUCGCUCUGAAACUAGAUUGCUUAAAUCAAAGUAUGAUGAAUACACCAAAAAGGCUAAUGAACUUAAAGCAAAGUGUGAUGAGGAACAGGAUGAUAGAUUGAAUACGCUUACUGAAGAAAUGAAUGAAGUUAAUUCAAAAAUUGCAAACAUAGAAAAAUUGAGAGAAAAUUCAAUUGCUCCAUUAUCAUGUAUUGAAAAAGAAAUUACUGAAAUUAAUGUUCGUAUGCGUGAAUUACAGUCAACUAUAGAGAAAACUGAUCGCUCUGCAAUUAUGGAACAAAUAGAAAAUCAUGAAUCAAAAAUUAAAAACUAUAAAUCUGAAAUUUCACAAAUUAAUAAUGAAGUUAAAAAUAAAAUCUUAUUCUUAAAUAAAUUAGAAAUAAAGAGUGUAAGUAUUAAAAAAGAUCUUGUAAAAAAAGAAGAAGAAGCAAGGUGUUUGUGUGAAAAAAUAGUUACUACACGUGAUGAAGAAGACAUUAGAAGAGAUAUAGAAGACACUAAUCAUAAAUUUCAGUUGUUAGAAUUGGAACUGAAAAAAAAAAAAGAUAACCACUUAGGUUUAAGGGAUGACUACAAAAAAAAGAAAAAAGAAUAUCUUCAACACAACUCAUUGCUUAACCAAAUAAAAGAAAUUUACUUCAAUAAUAAAAAAUCAAUAGAGUCUAGUGAUUUAUUUUUACAGAAUUAUUUAGAAGUUGUUCGACUAAAAGUUAUAGAGUCUUUUGACUUAAUAUUACUUUUACGAAAAAUAAAAGGCAAUCUUGAAAUAGAUCUUAAAGAAAGAACUAUGCAUAUUUCUAUGUUUGAUAAUAUUAGUACAUCAUGUGCAUCAGGUGGUGAAAGAACUUUUGCUACAGUUGCUUUAAUUUUAUCAUUAUGGAGUAAUGUACAACUUCCAUUUUACUCAAUUGAUGAGUAUGAUGUUUAUAUGGAUAAUAUUAAUAGAAUGGCAACCACAUCAUUAUUGAUGAUGUCUAUUGAAAAUAGGAGGAAUCAAUUUAUAUUUUUAACACCUCAAGAUAUAUCUCAUAUCCAUAGUGCUAACAACAUUAAAGUAGUUAGAUUAAAAGAGCCAAGGUCUUAGUCAUUAUUUACUGUGUGUUAUAAAAUUUUUAGUGAUUAACAGGUUUUAUUAUAAUAAUGUUUAAAUUGUACUUUUCUUCUUAUUUAUUUUUUUCUUGUAGGCUUUAUUAUAUACAAAUAUUAAAUAUUUUGUUAUACAAAAUAA